AUGUUCCGCCAGGCCAUUGCUACCUCAUCCCGCGCUCUGCGAGCUGCUCCCAAGGUUGCCGUCCCCCGACCUUUUAUUCAGUCGCAAUUCCAGGCUGCGCCCGCCUUUGCUCUCAGAUCCGUUCAGCCCGCCGUUUCGAGAUGGUACAGUGACGCCAAGGAGACUGAGGCCAAGCCUGCUGAGGAGGCCAAAACGGAGGAAAAGCCCGCUGAGGCUGAAAAAGAGAGCGAUCCUCUCGCUGAGCUCAAGAAGGAACUUGCAGCCAAGGAGAACGAGGUUAAGGACUGGAAGGAUAAGUGUAUGCGCACCGUCGCCGACUUCCGCAACCUUCAAGAGCGUACCACACGUGAGGUCAAGUCCGCUAAAGAUUUUGCCAUCCAAAAAUUCGCCAAGGAUCUCGUCGACAGCGUCGACAACCUCGACCGCGCCCUUGGAAUGGUUCCCAAGGAUAAGCUCAACGCCCCAGACCGACCUGAGGGCCUGGAGGAUCUCGCCAACCUGUAUGAGGGUCUCAAGAUGACCGAAGAUAUCCUCAUGAACACCCUCGAGAAGCAUGGCCUCGAGCGACUCAAUCCCGAGGGCGAGAAGUUCAACCCCAACGAGCAGGAGGCCACUUUUAUGACUCCCCAGCCCGAUAAGGAGGAUGGCACUGUUUUCUUCGUUCAACAGAAGGGCUUCAAGCUUAACGGCCGGGUGCUGCGCGCCGCCAAGGUCGGUGUUGUCAAGAACAAAUAA